GUCUCUAACAAAAGAUAAGACUGGUCUUUGGUUUUUACUCUGUGAAUAUGGUUUUCUGAUUCACUACUGUUUACUCCAAAAAAGAAACAUGCUCAGAUCAUGGUUUUUGCUUCCAGAUGACAGAGCUGUACGAGAAAGUGAGAGAAAAGCUGCCAAGCUGCAUUUUAGUCAGUUGGGCAACAGUGAAAAUUUUCUUUUAGAGGUGGAAAAAAGCUCUAGGGAGAAGACAAUGAAAACCUGUGUGACAGAUGAGAGCUCUGCAUCAAAAGUCAGUGCUGAUGUUGAUAACAGGAUUGAAACUGACUCAAACAAAGGACUUUUUAUUCCCUUCCCCAGCCGGGAAAUAAAGGAUUCCCUAAUGAGCACUUCUACAACCCAAGGCAACUGUAUACCAGAUCAGAAAUUAGAUACUUCCCCACUGGGGACACAGAUGCAAGAAGUGGCAAGAAGGGAGAUGCCAAGUGAUAAUCACCAGGAAGAUGAAUUCAGACACUACUCACCUCGCCAGUCCACAGUCCGAUCCCCAGAGAAGAUGGCUAGAGAAGCGCACCGAAUAUCUUUUUUGGAGAAGAAGUCUUCAGGUUCUUCUCCAGAAAAGGACUUGAUAACGAAACCUGAUACUUAUCAGCUUACCCAUGAUGCCUUAUUGGGUAAACGCCUGGAUGUGGGUGAUUCUAGCCAGAUUCAUCCCUAUCAGUUACCAUCAGAUAUUGGUCUGGAAAAUUAUGAUAAUCAUUAUUCUCAAACUCUAUCCCUGCAUGGAAGUCUUUGUAAAAGGCCUCAGAGAAGCAAGAACUACCGAGAACAUAGCAUAAAGCCUUCAAAUGAAAUGAAGGCUACCACAUCCCAUUCCUGUGGAGACUUACUGACUUCUCUGUCAAACCCUGACUCCAGCACCGGAAGGCUUUUGAAGCUGAGUUCAGAUCUGUAUGCCACAACCCAUUUCAACAGUGACCCUGCUCUGCUGGUCAAUGUAGAGCAACAGUUAUCUGCCAGCCUCGGGGAUGUAACACCAGCACAUGGCUCCUUCCCAAACAACUGCAUCCUGGGAGACUCUCUACGGACACUGCUGUUGCCUACUGGGACUUCAGAAAACAGAGAGAAUUUGACCAAAAGGUCAUUAAGCCCAUCAAGGAGAGGAUUCAAACGGAAGGACAAUAUCCUUGCCACCCUGAAUCCAAAGCAUGGCUUCAGAGAUGCUACAGGCAACGAGCCUCUCUCUAGUGACCUGGGCAGUUUGCAUGGUUUGCCAGGAAACCACAGUCCUCCAAUCUCUGCCAGAACCUCCCAUGUGGCCACUGUCCUCAGACAGCUCCUGGAGCUUGUGGAUAAGCACUGGAACGGCUCCGGCUCUCUCCUCCUUAACAAAAAGUUUCUCGGUCCUGCCCGAGAUUUGCUUCUGACUUUGGUAGUCCCUGCUCCUUCUCAGCAGUGGUGUCGUUCACAUCCUGAAGACACGUCAAAAGCCUUCCGCAGGAGGGAGAUGGAACUGAAGGAGGCUGGGCAGGUGGUCCCUAAUGACAUGGAAAGUUUGAAGCAAAAACUGGUCAGAGUGCUGGAAGAAAACCUCAUUUUAUCAGAAAAAAUCCAGCAGUUGGAGGAAGGUGCUAUCACCUCAAUUGUGAGUGGGCACCAGUCCCACACUUAUGAUGAUCUUCUGCGCAAAAACCAACAGUUGAACAUGCAGAUGGCUUGCCUGAACCAGGAGCUUGCCCAGCUGAAAAAGUUGGAGGAGACAGUGGCCCUUCUCCAUGAAAGUCAGAGAUCCCUGGUGGUCACUAAUGAGUAUCUGCUGCAGCAGCUGAACAAAGAGCAAAAAGGUUAUUCUGGGAAAGCACUCCUGCCUCCUGAGAAGAGUAAUCAUUUGGGGAGAUCGUCACCCUUUGGGAAAAGCACGCUGUCUUCCUCCUCACCAAUGGCACAUGACACGGGUCAGUACGUAAUACAGAGUGUCUCAGACUCUGUUCCAGAGCCUAGUUUAUGGAGCUAGCACAGAACACCUUCUCUGCAGCUUCCUUCUCAGCCACGGGGGGCUCUCAGUGCCAUUGCCACCAGUAUUGUGGUAUUUACCCACAAGAUCAAGAAAACAUAUUAUUCUGAUUACAUUGUAUUGGUCCUUCUCUUUAUUUCUCUUUUUAUCUCCUCCCAUCAAGUCAUUCUUUCCUUCUGCCGACAGAAAUAGUUGACACUUGGUCCUAGCAUCAUAUCACACAGAGACAUUUGGCUGAAAAUAUCGAAAAGGGAAAAAACACUAGACAUUUUUCCCAAGUGUCACUUGAAACUGUGUGGUAGGAGGUCAAAAAAAGAACAUCCAUAGCCAGGUGUGUUCUGUUUUAGAAGAAAUUUCAGCAAAUUUAUAUCGAUUGGUUCAUCAAACAUGUUUUGAGUUUACUCCCACCAUAGUGAAAAAGUGACAAGUUCUGGUGUCUGCCCUGGAGAUAUAGUUGGGAAGGAAAGCAAAAACUCAUGUGAUAGAGUUUAAAGCUUGGCACCAAACAGGUCUAAACAGAAACCUAAGGAUAUCUUGUAGAGACAGAGGGAGUGGGGCGGGGGGGGGGGGGGGAGAGAACUUGGAAGAUGUGGGUCAUGGUGUUUCUGAUUUUCCCUGUGUGGCCCUUGGUCCAGAGGGCAGGGGUAGGGAAUUGGGGGUGUCAAGGGAAGGGCCAAAGAAUUGUUGCCCUUUGGUGCUAAGUGGGUUCAACAUGGAAGGGGGAAGGCUCCUAAAGCAAGUAGAAAACAAGUGGGGAGGAAUUCCUCACUCUAGGCCUGGCACUAUUGGGAGAAAGGAGGAAACAGAGCUCGGUCCUCAGGGAAGUUGUGUCUAAGAGGGACAGAGCCACUGACAGAUUUGGCCUUCCCACCAACUAUACAUAGAGGGUUUUAAUGGCUCCAUCCCACAGAUCCUAACCUCUCUUCCUUGCCCACCUGGCUUUGCUAGCAAGGGUACCCAAAGCUUUCCACCAUGAGGAGGCUAUAGGUGGGGUGGAGCAGUGAUAACUGAAGGGCCGAAGUGACCUUUUUGGUCAGUCGCUGCCCUAUACCAGGUUCUGUUAGUAGACCCAUUGGUAUUUAAGGGUCUUCCUGGGUCUGGGUGGGCCUUGAUUUCCUUCAGGCUCCCUGAACACUUUUCAAGAAGAAAAGGGGGCUUUACUCCUGCAAGGUAGUUUCAGGACUCAGCCAGUUCUCUCUCUGGGUUCCUUUAAGCCACACUGCCAGUCACAGGUGGGGCCCAGCCUCAGCUCCCCUACACAUUGGCUGGUACUCUCACCUGCAGCUUAAUCGCUUAAUAGCGUGGACCAAUUUGCAAUCCAGUUAAAUUCUUUUCAUUAUGAGGAUAUUUUAGCAAGUGAAAGCCAGAAGUAUUUGGGUUUCACUCCAAUUGUGCUCCUUUAAGUAAGCCUACAAUUUAAACAAAUUCCCCAAGGCUAGAGGAAUCGUUCCUCCUCCUAUUUGCUGGUGGGAGAAGUAGAGCUCUCUGAGGCUCUUCCCUGGGAAGUGAAGGGUUCGUGGUUAGCCACGGCAGGAGGAGCCUACAGCUGUCAGCUGUUAGGCAAGACUUUGCUGUGGCCUGGCGUUGGUCUUCCGCUCUCAUCUCCCCAGCAUCCCUGUCCCGAGCUACACUAUUCCCCUACACCCAGACUCCCAAGAGAACUUGGACUCAAGGGACUGUGGGUCCACCGGGGGCAGGAACAUUCCUGAACAGCCUGUGGGAUGAGGGACUAAGCAGUUGCGCUACUUUGCCUUGUUAACAGGGUUGGGAAAGAAGGUGUCUGUAAGCAUGUGCCCCUAAGCCUUUUCUAGCACCCUGGGGAGCUGUCCUCUAUUGGGAAGGCCUUCAGUCCCAUCAAGCCUGUUUGUCAGCAGGAAGGAAGGAGACUUGGCCCCAAAGCCUUGGGCUUGGGAAUAGCUCUGGCCUAACACCCAGAACCUCAGAGAGGAAAAAGUUAAUCUGAAACUCACAGGAGUCCUCAGGAGCCCUCCUCACCCUCUUCCCAACCUGGGAUAUUGAACAGAUGGGAGGGAGUCAGCAUGGAGAGACCCCUUCAUUGUUUGAUGCCAUGUUCAUCUGCCAAAGGCUGGUGUUGGGUGCCAGGCUCUAUCACUAGCCAUCCAGUCCCAUUUUUGGAAAUCAUGUUGGAGCGUGCUGUUAGAAAGAGCCUGGCCUGGGAGGCAAGAGGCAUGGUUCUGGCCUCUGUUCUACAGAAGCCCCUUAACUCUUUGGACUUCAGUUUUCUCAGUUGUAAAAUUAAGGAGUUGGACUGUCUGUCUACUGUCUAAGGUUCUUCCUGGUCCUACAUUUUCUGAUAUUCUGAGCUGGAGCCCAAAAUGACUCAUUUUGGUAGCCCCCCGGAAUAGGAGCCUGUCAGCAGGCUGAGAGCCCGAGGCCUGGUACUGGGCCCCUGCCAACAUUUAACCCAGGCCAAAUCUGCUGUCUCAUCCUUCCUGCUGCUGUGAAAGUGGAGAGGCCAAGACUGAGGCCCUAACUGCAGGAAGGCAAGCUGUGAUGUUAGAAUUCUGGGUCAGGGCUAAGGUAAAACGCUUUGGAUUUCCCUAAAGAGCAUCCUCAGGCAGUCUGGCUCUGUACUGAUGGAAGGCACGGCUAUUCUUUCUGGGC